AUGGAUUUAGAUUUCGAUGAUCAACCCUCGGAUCUUGCUGCACCAGCAGCUAGAGCUGGUGCAAGGUUUAAACCAAAAGGUAGGCCACAACCUAAGAAGAAACAAGUCUCUCUUUCAACAUCCAAAACAACAAUCUCUACCGAUCUUCCCAAGGAAAAAUUCUCAACACAAAGCGAAAAUCCGGUUUCUCUAGACGGAUCAUCGGCUUAUCCCAGCAAGGAUUCAACUUCUGAGACUAUUGUGCCUGAGAGUGGAACCAUUAACGAAUCUACAUCUGUAGCAUUAUCUGAAGAGAAUGCAGAUGUAUUCUCAAGAGGGGUUAAUUGGAAACCAUCGAUUCUUCGUGCUUCUACUAAUGUGGUUUUGGAGAGAAAAAGAUGUGAUGAUGACAUAGAGGCGUCACCUGAACUUCAUGAUGAUCCUAAAACACAAGAAUCUGCAGUUGAAGAUUUUGUUACUCCUGCAACAGAUGAAAAUAUUCAUGCUCAAACCGAAAGGAUGCAACCUGCGGAAGAAGAGUGUCAUUUAGACAUGGAAACUCUUGAUAUUGUACAGGAGGAAGGCAUGACCAGUGCAUAUGAGCAACCUAUUGGAAAGUUCCAACCAAAGCCGAGAUUGCUCGACCCUGUGAUUGAAGAACCCGAGUCUCAUUACUAUGUUGAUGAUACUGGUCAUUUUACAAUGGGUACUAGUGACUCUGAGCCUAUGGUCGAUGUGGAAUCAAGAAACGAUUUCAAUACGAAUACUACAUUUUCUGGAGAGAUUCAAGAAGAAGGACUUAAUAUUCCUGAAGUCCCCAGAGAAACAGUUCCCGAGAUGGAGGCACAAAGUGCUUAUGGUGGAUGGGAACAUGAAGAACAGGGUACUAACAAUCCAGUUACAGGAGACAAAGAAAAUGGUGUGGGGGAUACAGUAGAAGCAGAACAAUCUGGAACAAAAGGUAAAGGUAAAAAGGGUAAAUCAAAGAGAGGUACUACUCGAAAGAGGAAAACCACCAGUGAAGAGGAACCUAAUAAGUCUAGCGAAGAUCCGGAGAAGAAGAAGUUCAAGCAUUCAAGUCGUCGACAGAAGAGAACAUUGGACAAGGAAUUGCUUGAAACCCCCGAUGAGGAAAUCAGAUUUCUGCCUAUCAAACAAAUGCUUCGCCUUGUUGAAUAUAAAGAAUGGUUGGAGAAAAAAGAAGCAAAGGGAGCCGCUGCUGUGCCACCGACCCAAGAAAGUAAUACGAACACAUCGGAUAACCAGUAUUAUUCUCAAGAUUUUGGCGCAGAAGAUGAAUUUGCAAUGGAGGAAGGCGAAAAUCAAGAAGCUAACGUAGUUAAACCAGACUCACCGGUUAACUAUCAAACAUACAUGAAAAAGACUCCAAGAACUCGAUGGUCAAAACAAGAUACAGAACUCUUCUAUGAGAUCGCGUCAACAGAUCAAGCUCAAAUUCAAAUUAGAAGAACGCCGGGAGCCAUUGAAGCUUAA